UUUGAGGAAAUGUGAAACAUCUGAGUAGCACAUGGGCAUCAGAUGUUAAGAUCAGGGACUGAGCAGGAAGGAGCGCUUUGAGAACUUUCAUACAGUCAAAUUUGAAGGUGGUUCUGUUUUCACAAGGAUUUUUGUUUGGUUGUUUCAUGUCAGUGAGGCUGUAUUCUUAUCUGCUGUUCCUGUGCAUAGGAUUUUCGGCAACAAAACACAGGAGAAAUGUUAUUCUCGAGAUUGUCCAUGUUUUGUGCUCUCAUGAUUAUCAGAAGGUCUUCACAGAAUUCAUUGGACUUUAAAUCUGGCUGUUUCCCUCAUUCACUUAUUCACAGCAAAGCUGCAAGAGAAGGGGAAAACACAGGAGAACUAUACAGGCAGAAACGCCAGGUGGUUACACUGGGCAUCUCACCUGCAGAAUACACCGUUGCUAUUGAGAUGAACUUUUCUGAUUCCUCACUCCAGGAGAGCCUGAAAAGUCAUUUAAAGAAGCUUAGCUUUCCACUCUUGUUAAAUGUGUCUGAUUCAUCUGUGAAAAUUUCAAGUAUUAAUGUUUCCACAGCAUGCAAUUCAACUGGUACUGAUAGCACUCAUUGUUACUGUGAACACGGCUAUGAAUGGCCUGCUGAAGCCUGUGCAUCUAAUCCAACCUGCCCCAAGGCCGCAGCAGCAGACGAGAGAUGCCACUGUAUUGCACAGCUGCCUUCUAAAGGGACUUACUGUCAACUUCAGUCAGAAGAUACUUCUAUAUAUGUAAUAGAAAUGACUGUCCGGCUUGACCAGCCCUUUCAAGAUGAUUUGCGGAAUUCAUCUUCCACAUUGUUUAAAAAAUAUAAACGUGAUCUGGAGGAAGCGUUUAUUGCAGGCUACUCAUCUUUUCCAGGCUUCAAAAAUGUAACAGUUACAGAGUUCAGGCCUGGAAGUAUCAUGGUUCCGUAUAAAAUAGUAGCAGCAAGAGAUCUACCAGUUGAAAUGGCGAAUACAAAAAUAGCUGCUGCCUUAAAAGAUACCUACAAUUUGAUAAACACUUCAUUUGGAAGGGAAAUCUCUGAUGGUGCCAACUUCUCUGUUUCCCCUGAACACAUUUUUGAGGGAGAUACAGUAAAAAUGACCUGUGAGUCAAAAUCAGCUACAAGGAAUGUAUCCUGGGAUCUUUCGGGAGAUUUAGUCUCUAACAACACCAGACACUCUAUAAUGAAUGAUGUCACAGAUGGAAAGUCAGUAUCAACACUAACAAUUACAAGCAUUCAGCUGAAUGAAGCUGGUAAUUAUACCUGUGCUUUUAUGGAAUGGGGACCAAACCUGACAUUAACAUACAAAGCUAAGAAAGAAAUAACAGUCUUUCAGCUUCACGUUGUGCCAUCGGAGAAUGUUUCAAUUGUAUGUAAUGGUGAAAGUAAGGAACUCAGAUGCUGUACGGAUGCAGAUAUCGAACUCACCUCUUACUGGAAACCAAAUGGAGCAAUAAAUAUUUCAGGAAGCUCCACUUCCAUUAACAACAACUGCACUACCUAUAUGCUGCGGGCUAAUGAAUCUCAAUGCCCAGCUGACAAGUCUGGGACCAAAACAGAUUACACAUGUGAGCUGAACUCUACAUAUGGAGCCCGCAACUAUUCAGUCAUUGGUGUGACAUAUUUUCGAGUAGCAAAUGUGAACAUCUCCUCUAGCCCAGCUGGCAAAGUUUCUGAGGGACACAAAUUCUCAGUGAGCUGCAUUAGUGAUGUGAGCAAUUAUGAUAAAGUCACCUGGCAAAUCCAAAGUGGAAACUCUAUUAAAAAUGUAGACAAUGUGUGGUAUACCACCACAAAGAGUGAAAGAGGUGCCAUGUCUGUGCUAACUGUAGACAAUGCUAAUCAGAAAUGGACUGGCAUCUAUAUCUGCACCUUUUUUCAAAGUUUUUUGAAUAGCUCUGCACGCUUGGAAAUGGACAUUGUUCCUUUGCCCCUGCAACAAGAUAUUAUAAGAGAUCCUAUAGAUGCCUUUGUCUCUUGUCCAAUGACCCAGGAGCUAAAGUGCUGCACACAUGAACAGGAAAACUACACAGUAAAAUUCUAUGCUUUCCAAAGGCCACUACCUGUUCUGGCAGAGAGAAGAGAGCAUGAUGGCCUCAACUGUUAUUACUACACACGGCAGAUCACAGGAGAUUGUGACAGAUUAAGAAAACAUGGAGUUCAGAUGUUUUGUGAGUUCACCAACCAAAUCAAUGGCAGCAUUAAGAGUUUACCCAUGAUCCUGAACCUUGUAUCAGUAAAGGAUGUCAGGUGCAAUUCCUCAGCCAUGGGUGUGGGAGAGAAUGGAGCACUGAUCACAAAGCCAUGUUUGCAGUCAAAUGAGAUGACCACUCCUGUCAGGGGAAACAUCACCUAUAAGUGUGACCAUGAAAAGUGGACUGUUGCUAGAAACAACUGUCUAACUAUUCCCAUUAAUAAGCUUCUUAUUUCUGCUGAGCUUUUAGUUUCCAGUCCUGAGGCAGUGCAAAAGUUGCCCGCAUACCUUGAAAGUCUGAAUACAACCAUAAAAAAGGAACAGAAAAAUAUAAAUAUGUCAGUUGCAAACCUGAAAGCUGUUGUUGAAAUACUGAAUACAGUUUCAAUCAUUCCAGUAGAAGCAAACCGGACAACAAUGAAACAUUUUUUGUCCACAGUAGAUACCGUUAUGGCCAGUCCAACAGAAACUUGGAAGGAUUUUAAGAAUGGGAGCUCUCAGCUACUAGAUUCUGUGGAACGAUUUUCUAAGUCUCUUCAACCUCUCAGUGACACAAUUCCUCUGAUUAGAUAUGACAACAUUCAACUUGAUGGAACAGUCAUUGGCAAGAACAAUGGUUCAGACUAUAACAAGAGCUUUAGGUUCUCCAAACCUGCAGAUAUCAAUGCUAGUGUGCUAAUUGAUGAGACAAAAAUUAAUAGAACUGGGGCGUCAGUCUCCACCAUCAUCAGUGUGGCUUAUUCAACCUUUGGACAUAUUAAUGCACAAUACAAUGAAACAGCUGACUUAGUAAUAAAUGGUCUGGUACUCACAACAGUAGUGAGUCCUACCAGCAAAUUAGGUGAUAAUUUCCAGAUCAACAUGACCUUUGCAAAGAGUGAGAAGGCCCUGAAAAAUCCUCGAUGUGUCUUUUGGAAUUUCAGCUUCUCUGCAGAUGGAGGAGGUUGGGAUGAUGCCGGCUGUGAAAGCAGAGAGGAUGCACACCAGGUUGUCUGCUCCUGCAAUCACUUGACUUCCUUCUCCAUUUUGAUGUCCCCCAGCCAUGAAGACUCGUGGGAUGUAUUGACUUAUAUCACUUACAUUGGCUUGGGCAUUUCUAUGCUGAGCCUCAUGGCUUGUAUUGGAAUAGAACUUGCAGUGUGGAAAUCUGUGACCAAGACAAGAAUAUCCUACAUGCGCCAUGUUUGCAUUCUGAACAUUGCCAUUUCUCUCUUAAUUGCAGAUAUCUGGUUCGUUGUUGUUGCUGUGAUGCAUGACAAAAACUAUGAAGUGGAUCAGCAUAUCUGCACAGCAGCAACAUUUUUCAUUCACUAUUUCUACCUUUGUGUCUUCUUUUGGAUGCUGACGUUGGGCCUUAUGCUGUUCUACCACUUGGUCUUUAUUUUACAUAAUGCAAGCAAAACCAUCAUGAAAGCUUUAAGCAUUUGCCUGGGAUAUGUUUGUCCUCUAGCUAUUUCAAUCAUCACAAUUGCCAGCACUCUUUCACAUGGCUCUUACACAAAGAAGAAGAUCUGCUUACUCAACUGGGAAAACAGUAAAGCUCUCUUGGCCUUAGUUAUUCCUGCCAUGAUCAUUGUUGCUAUUAAUGCUAUUGUCACUAUUGUAGUUGUAGCAAAAAUAUCAAGACGUUCCAUUGGAGAGAAGUCAAUAAGUGAAGAAAAGAAAUCUUUGUAUCGUAUUGCCAAGAGUAUUGGUGUUUUGACACCACUAUUAGGCCUUACCUGGGGAUUUGGCUUUGCCACAGUUUUUCCAGAAAGCCCAAAAAUAUUCCACAUAUUAUUUACUAUUUUCAAUUCCUUUCAGGGAUUAUUCAUUCUGUUGUGUGGAACUUUCUGGGACAGGAAGGUACGAGAAGCUAUACUGAAUAAGUGUUCCCUCUCCAGGUGGAGCUCACAACACACAAAGUCAACAUCCCAAGGCAUGUCAGCUCCUAUGCUUUCUAUCAGUUCUCCCUUUUCAAGAACUUUAAACAACCUUUUUGGCAAAGCAGGAAAAUACCAAGUCUCUUCUACAGAAUCAGCAUCUUCCUCUUCUGAAAACACUUCAAAGACAUAUUCUUUGUUGACUUGAGUAUUUGAAUGGGUUUAGGGUUUUUCUUGAUCAAACAGUAACUAAUGAACAAUGAAACAACUUUUACUGGGCAUAAAGAACUGUGACAUCUUAAUUUAAUUAUUUCUUUAACAUAUUAUGUAAUUUGUGGGGGACUACUUUAGUAAUGUUCUGUAUGGAGGAUUACAUACUGCCUUUAUGUUUCAAGUAAUCCUGUGGUACAGGUUCCAGUAUUAAUACGAUUUGGGACAUAUUUUGUGCUCCCCAGUGUUGGUCCACAGCAUACAAAGUACUGCUUCAACAUAUGGGCUCUGAUCCAGUUCAAAAAAUGGAUCAUUGGUGCACUACAACUGGUGAUCCCAGCUUGGUUGUGUAUAUGGAUGGCAAAAGGAUCAAUUAAACAUUUGGCUCUCCUUUUGGGAUUGAGGCAUUUGUGCAUUAUUUUUUUCAAAUGUUUAAGGCAAUUACUAGUGAACCCUACAUAUAUCUAUUCAAAGGUAAAAGCCAUUUAUGUUCACUAUCAGUUAUUCCCAAAACUGAUAUAGCAUUGCCUCUUAGUUUCCAUUUCAGGAUACAUUCCUAGAUAUACCCACAUGGUAUACAUGGUAGGUAUACCUAUCCUAUUGAGUGAAACCUACUUCAGAACUAGAGCAAUACAGUAAUCCUGUCAGGUUUUUUUUUUUUUUGAAUCAUCCUCUAUACAAACAGAAGCACUUUAUUUUUGUACCGUUAGAACUUUUCAGUUAUAUUGUAAAUCUUGCUUUACUAGAAUAAAGAGAAUUUCAGUGUAUGUUGUUAUGAUAAAUGACGCUUGCACAAUACUUUAACAUGAUGCUCUACCAUCAUCUAACCCAUCCAAUGUGUUUGCUUAAAAAGGGAUAAUAGUUUCAUUUACUUACUAUGUAACUAAAUCCUAUUUCUCUCGACCAUCCAGUUGUGAGCUAGAACUUAGAUUUCUUUCUAGCCAACCUUAGACUCCAUGAAUUUGUCUCAUGCGCUUUCAAAUGUAUUCAAAUGAACAGCCAUCAUUAGAUUGUACGGUAGCAAAUUCCACAGUUUCGUGUUAUGUGAAGAAAGGCUUUGAACCUCCUGCCAAGCAGCUUCAUUUGGUGACUCCAGGUUGUAGUGGAAUCAGAGAAAAAGUAACUCCCCUCCCAUCUCUAGCCAUUUUCUCCAGUUUUGCAAGUGACUGUCAUGUAACCCUUCCUUACUCAACAUGAACAGCAUCAAAUAUUGUCAUGUUCUCUUACAUGGGAAUUGCUCUAGUCCCUUGAUCAUUUUUGAGUUCCUGUGCCUAUACUAUCUUUUGAGGUACAGUGACCAGGGCUGGAUCUAUGUAUCAGACAAAUGCUACUUCAAAGCAGAUGAAGAGUCUUCUGAAGUGGCAUCACACAAC